CCCCGAACCACCCACUAUUAAACGUUUACUGGGAAGCAGCUGGAAGUCCUCCAUCAACCACCUGAUCAGCAAGUGAAGAAAAGACAACUUUGUAGCUGCUUCAUCCACCCUGUUUGUUUCACACAGGGAAAAACUGCUGUACGGAAGUUAAAAUAUGCAGAUGAACUGUAAUUCUUAUCCAAUUACUUCAGUAAUCAAUGGAAUUAUCGAUAGAAUACUUAAUUACUAAAGUUGCAGCCCUAAUUUAAUUUGCUCCUUUAGGACAGCACCACCACAACAUGUGAGAGAGAUGUAUGCUCAAGGCAUGAUUGAAAAGUUCCCAAACCUGCGUGAUCCUUAUUCCAAAAAUGGAUAUUGGCUACUUAGCAUGGAGGCUUAAAACCAUCCAGAGGAAGAGCACCUUAUCAGAGGGGAGAAGAUCAUCAUGUCAGCUGACUGGGUGUGGACCAACAGCCAGAGGAGAUGCUUCAUUUAACCCUGAGGUGACCCUAAGAGAAGAGCCAUAUAAGGAAGCUAAUUCCUUCAUGAAAUACUCUUCUGAUGAGGCCGCCAUCAGGAACAAAAUGAAGAUGAUGUUUGAUUACCGUUGCAAGAUGGUCCUGGACGAAAACAGAUCAUCCAGCGUCUUGACUGAAUUUCCUCGCUUCAGAGAUGUCAGAGGCUUGAUUGAUCAAGACUUCAUUCUGGAAUUUGGAGAAGAUGUAGCUACCAGGUUUUUGGAGAGGUGGCUGACUGUUUUCAAGCAUAAAGUGAUCCAGCAGAGCAAGACUCUCCCUACCUCAACCGACCUUGAAGAAGUGAUCUACUGUGCUGAAGGAGCUUCAAGUGAGGAGGAACUGGAUGAGACCCUUACCUCUGGCUGGGACAGUGAUCUUGCUUCCAUCAUUCUCCUGUUCCACCUGAUUCCUCCUUCCUGUCAGGGUUACAAAAGACGUGGGAAGGUUUCUCCAUCCCAGGAUGAGGAGCACCAUGUGGUCUUCCAGAAGGUUUGUAAUAGUGGAACAAGUGUCCAGGAACAUGCUGAUGCCAUGAACUCCACUACGCAGCCCUACCCACUUGCUGUUGGGACAAAGAGGAGCACCAUUCAUGAGUUCUUCAUUGUUCUGGACAAGCAGGUCGUACCAUGCAAGUCAGCCAGCUCACUUGGAGCUUUUGAUGAAAUUUUUCACUUCGUAUUUGGAACUGUUUAUAAUCAAAUGCUCCACAACAUGUACGUCUUGGAACUUGGAGAGUUAAAGGAAGGUGCUGAAAUUGCUUCAGAACUUUGUAGUGAACACUCUCUCUCUCCAUGUCAAACACAAAAUUACUUUCAACUGGGGCUACAGAAUUUCAUCGGCAACAACAUAUUCCUAAUUGGUCACUGGUAAUCUAAAGAUCUAAUUUGAAAA